AUGGCCUUGGCAUCCUUGUUCUUAUUUCCAGAUAAAGCAGUUAGCAUGAAUUCGACAGCGAAAAACCAUGUCAAGGGCAUUAUAGGAGCCAUUGUUGAUUUGAGUUCUCGCAAGGGUCAAGAAGCAAAAGUGGCCAUGGAUAUGGCAAUAGAUGAUUUCAACCACCACACCAAUCAAAAAUUGAUUUUGCAUGUAAUGAACUCUCAUGGAGAAACCAUCCGGGCAGCUUUUGCUGCUAAUGAUCUUAUCAACAAGGAGGUAGUGCAAGCCAUUUUGGGGCCACAGACAUGGGAAGAAGCAUCAACAGUUGCAGAGAGUUGUAGCCUAAAUUCUCAUACAAUUCCCAUUCUUUCUCUAGCUGAUGCUACUCCACCAUGUGCAACGAGGCGUUGGCCCUUCCUAAUUCAAGCCUCACCGAGCCAUCACGCGCAAAUGAAAGCUGUGGCUGCUGUUGUUCAGUCAUGGGGAUGGCAUAGGGUCAUUGUUAUAUUUGAGGACACUGAUUCUACUGCCAAUGGAUUAAUUCAUCUCUCUGAUGCCCUCCGCGAAAAUGGUGCAGAAAUAAGCCAUUUCGUAGCGCUCUCACCUUUCAACGCGCUGUCUGAUGAUCUUGAGAAGCUUAAAAAAGGGCAAUGUCGAGUCUUUGUGGUCCAUUCUUCCUUGCCCUUGGCUCUUCGUUUAUUUGAGACCGCGAAGGAGAUGAAGAUGAUGGAAAAAGAUUAUGUGUGGAUCACUACAGACUCCACAACAAGUCUUGUCCAUUACAUUAACCAUUCUUCCAUUUAUUCCAUGCUAGGGGUUGUAGGCAUCAGGAGCUAUUUCCCAGAUCCCCGGACACAUUUACAUGAUUUCUACCUGAGAUUUCGUAAAAAGUUUGCUUUGGAGCAUCCAGAAGAAGAAAAUCAUGAACCCGGGAUUUUCGCGCUGCAGGCUUAUGAUGCCACUAAAGCAGUGGCUUCAGCAAUUGAGGAAGGAGACAGAGAAGGCCAACAUUUGUUAGAAAAAUUUUCAUCAAGUGACUUCAAAGGCUUAACUGGUAAUGUGAAAUUUGUUGAGAGAAAAUUAGCCCCAGCACAAGUGUUUCAGAUUGUCAAUGUGAUUGGAAGGAGUCAUAGAGAACAUGGGUUCUGGACCGACGAAAAAGGCUUCUCGGAGACUAUUGAUGAAAAGGCUACCUACAGUCCUUCCAUGGAAAAAUUGGGGCUAGUGAUGUGGCCUGGGGGACCUUGGUAUACUCCAAAAGGGUGGACUCUUCCAACCAUGGCCAAGCCAUUAAGAAUAGGCGUGCCAAACGGAUCCUUAACCAACCACUUUGUGAAUGUUCAAUAUGAUCCUUCUACAAAUAAUUACUCCUUCAAUGGAUUUUCAAUCGAAGUGUUCAAGAAAACCGUGAAACGAUUACCAUACUAUUUGCCAUAUGAGUUCAUUCCAUGGGACGGCAAUCACACUUCUUUGGUGGAACAAGUUCAUCUAAAGAACUUUGAUGCAGCCGUUGGAGACAUAGCAAUUAUUUACAGCAGAUACAAAUAUGUUGAAUUCACACAUCCUCAUACAGAAUCAGGAUUGGUGAUGGUAGUCCCGGUUCAGUCACAAUCGAGCAAUAAGACUUGGCUAUUCACAAAGCCAUUCACAAAAUCCAUGUGGGUUCUUACAGCAGUCAUAAAUCUCUACAAUGGCUUCGUCAUAUGGAUGAUAGAGCGGAAUCACUGCCCUGAGCUCAAAGGCUCAACACUGAAUCAACUAGGAAUCUUGCUCUGGUUUGCUUUUGCCACAUCCUUCUCUUUACAAGGGGAAAUGCUACAUAGCAAUUUAUCAAGAAUGACGACGCUGGUGUGGCUUUUUGUGAUACUAAUCAUCUCACAGAGCUACACAGCUAGUCUGACCAGCAUGCUCACUGUCCAAGGGCUUCAACCAAAGGUAGCAGAUAUCGAAACACUAAAGAAUAGCAAUGCAAAGAUUGGGUACUCCACAAAAUCUUUAGUGGUGAACUACUUGGUGGAUGUCUUACAUUUCAACCGCAAUGAUGUCAAGAAUUAUUCAACCACGGAAGGAUAUGCCCAAGCCCUCAGAACUGGAGAAAUUGCAGCAGCUUUUCUUGAAGUCCCUGCGGCCAAGUUAUUCAUGGCCAAAUAUUGCAAGAGCUUCAUCAUGGCAGGACCAACUUUCAGAGUCGGAGGAUAUGGAUUUGCAUUUCCCAAGGGGACUCUUAUGCUUCCUGACAUGGAUGAGGCACUGCUGAAUGUGUCUGAAAGCGGCGUGCUGAGAGAAUUAGAGAACAGCUUGACUGCAGCAGAGAAGUGUGUGGAAGUAGAAUGGGAUAACAAAAAUGUGAGCCUAAGUCCCAGCACCUUUUUGGUACUUUUCAUCCUCACAGGAAGCAUAUCAACAGUUGCUCUAGCCAUUUUUGUCCUUCGCGCCAAAUGGGAAACCGGCAAGAUCAUGUUUAAACACACAACCAUUAGGAUGUUAAUACUGGCUGUAAAGAUCCAGUUGGGGCAUCAGAAGAGUCGAUUCUCGAGAAGAGUUAGUGAUAUUGAGUGCCCUAGAAAUCCCCCAAACACUUGAAACUCAUGGACAGGUCUGGAAAUUCAAGGAAAUAGUUAUUAACCACAUACAUCCAUGUCUUUAUUAAUCUGAUAUGAUAGAUGAGAUUAGAAAUUGUAUGGAUUUUACAAAUAACUCUUCAAGUGAAUGACUUGUGAAAGAGAGGCUCUUAAAAUCUUGCAACUUCUUGUAAAAAUUACUGUAGUCUAAGCAUAAUUAGGUAAAAGAGACACACUGAUUGAACCUUGUAGACCAAGUGAUUAUGUAGCAUAUAUACCAAAUAAUAUCCAAAAAUUCACUUUACAGUUUAUUAGUCUGUCAAUUAUAUACUGCAUUAAACUGGAAUCUUUUCAAUAAAUGUUGAAUAAUUACAAUUUCUUUUUCUUUUCUUUUUUUUCGUUUUUUUCCGGCGAACAAAGGAUCAUAAGUUUCACAUUUUUUGUUGUUGAAUAAAGGAGGUUGUGUCAAAGCUAGUAUUACUCUUUUUCCUUAUAAGUCCCAAUAAUUAUCAACAAAAUCUAAUGUAAU